AUGGAGUACCAGGUGGAAGUGGUGGGCACCCAACCCGGGCCCAUCGGUGGCAUGACGGUCAUGGAAAAUCCAGGCUCCUGGAGCUCUGAGCUGUGCGACUGCUGUGGAGACUGCAGCGUCUGUGAGGACGGGGAGGAGGACUUGGGGAGCGGCCCGUGGGGGACCCUCCUGCCCUGCGCGUCAGCGUGUCGGGUGGCGGAACGGGCCGACGAAUGCUGCCGUUUGCCCUUCCUGCCCGGCACCCCGGUGGCCUUGAGGACCGGGGUCCGAGCCGCCUAUGGCAUCCAGGGCUCCAUCUCUGAUGACUGGCUGGUCAUGGUCUGCUGCCCCCAUUGUGGGCUCUGCCAACUCGCCCGGCAGCAGAAGACAGGGUAA